AAGUUACAGAACAAGGCCAACGAAGUUGUUAGGCGUAUAUAUAUCGAGUAAGAGAAACGAAUAUGCUAUUGUAUCGAAAUUUGUUCGCCGCAGACAUUCUUCGAUACUCCAUAAUUUCCCCCCAACUUCUAUAAAUUCAAUACUAUAUCUAACCAACAGAUACCGUUUUCCUUCUUUCUUGACUCAUUAAGGAUCCUGGAGCUGCUUGGCUUGCUACAGAAGAUUAGAUUCUUAUCAAGUACAUGAAAGUAUUGUAAAUCAACGGCCUUCAUUUGACAAUUAAGAUUAAGUAUGGGGUCGGAUAAGGAGCAUGGUGGUCUGCUAGACACUAUUAACAUGGAGAAAGUCAGGAUAAUCCUAACACAUACAUAUCCUUACCCCCAUGAGCAUUCCCGCCAUGCAAUUAUUGCGGUCGUUAUUGGUUGCCUGUUUUUUAUUUCAUCAGACAACAUGCAUACGCUCAUCCAGAAGUUAGACAACAACAUCAAAUGGUGGUCAAUGUACGCUUGCUUACUUGGGUUUUUCUAUUUCUUUUCAUCUCCUUUCGUGGGGAAGACAAUUAAACCAAGUUAUUCAAACUUCAGUCGAUGGUAUAUAGCCUGGAUAUUAGUGGCAGCUGUAUACCAUCUUCCCAGUUUUCAGUCGAUGGGAGUGGAUAUGAGGAUGAAUCUCUCUUUAUUUUUGACGAUAUACAUCUCUUCUAUUUUUGUACUCCUUGUUUUCCACCUAAUCUUUCUGGGCCUUUGGUACGUUGGUCUUGUUUCUCGUGUGGCAGGGAGGAGACCUGAGAUCUUGACCAUUAUUCAAAAUUGUGCUGUCUUAAGUGUGGCCUGUUGUGUGUUUUAUAGCCACUGUGGCAAUCAUGCUUUGAAUGAAAAACGAUUGGGACGAAGAGAUUCUAGCCUGUUUUCACUUUGGAAGAAGGGAGAGACGAGCAUAUGGCUAUCGAAAUUUCUUAAAAUGUAUGAGUUAAAAGAUGAAAUUUGCAAAUCAUGGUUUGCUCCAGUUGGGUCUGCCGGUGAUUAUCCACUUCUCUCUAAGUGGGUUAUAUAUGGAGAAUUUUCUUGCAGUGGUCCAUGUGAGUCAUCAGAUGAAAUUUCUCCGAUGUAUUCAUUAUGGGCAACAUUUAUAGGUCUUUAUAUGGCUAAUUAUGUGGUGGAAAGAUCAACUGGAUGGGCUCUUACUCAUCCUCUAUCAGUCGAAAAAACUGAGAAGUUGAAGAAUAAGCAAAUGAAGCCUAAUUUUUUGGAUAUGGUUCCUUGGUAUUCAGGGACAUCAGCUGAUUUAUUCAAGACCGUGUUUGACCUCCUUGUAUCGGUGACUGUAUUUGUCGGAAGAUUUGACAUGCGCAUGAUGCAGGCGGCAAUGAGUAGGGUUCAUGAAGGGGCUAAAGAGGAUUUUUUAUACGACCAUCUUAGUGAAAAAGAUCACUUGUGGUUUGAUUUUAUGGCUGAUACUGGUGAUGGUGGGAAUUCCUCUUACUCUGUUGCUCGACUUCUUGCUCAGCCUUCACUUUGCGCAGUCGAUGAUGAUUCUAUGCUAACAUUACCUCGAGGAGACCUCCUUCUUAUUGGAGGUGAUCUUGCGUAUCCUAAUCCAUCAGCAUUCACUUAUGAGAAGCGUUUAUUUCGUCCUUUUGAGUACGCUCUUCAACCACCGUCAUGGUAUAAAGAUGUGCAUAUAGCUGUAGACAAGCCGGAAUUACCGUCUGGUGUAUCUGAAUUGAAAAAAUAUGAUGGGCCUCAAUGCUUUGUUAUUCCUGGAAACCAUGAUUGGUUUGAUGGGCUUCAAACUUUUAUGAGAUACAUUUGUCAUAAGAGCUGGUUGGGUGGAUGGUUAAUGCCCCAAAAGAAGAGCUAUUUUGCUUUGCAGCUACCGAAGGGAUGGUGGGUUUUUGGUCUUGAUUUAGCUCUUCAUUGUGAUGUCGAUGUUUAUCAGUUCAAAUUCUUCGCAGAGUUGAUAAAGGAAAAGGUUAAAGAAGACGAUUCUGUGAUCAUAAUGACGCAUGAACCAAAUUGGAUUCUGGAUUGGUACUGGGAUGAUGUGACAGGAAAAAACGUCACACACCUUGUUAAAGAUUAUCUAAAAGGAAGGUGUAAACUUCGAAUGGCUGGUGACUUGCAUCAUUACUUGCGACAUUCUCGUGUUCCAUCGGAAAACCCCGACUCCGUGCAACAUUUACUUGUAAACGGUUGCGGUGGGGCCUUUUUGCAUCCUACCCACGUAUUCAGUAAUUUCGACAAAGCGUAUGGGACAAAUUACGAGAUUAAAGCUGCUUAUCCUUCUUUUGAAGAUUCAAGCAGGAUUGCUCUUGGUAAUAUCUUGAAGUUUCGGAAGAAAAAUUGGCAGUUCGAUAUCAUUGGCGGGUUCAUUUACUUCAUAUUGACCUUUUCUAUGUUCCCACAGUGCAACCUGGGCCAUAUCUUACAAAAGGAUGAUACGUUUUCCGGCCACGUAAUGAGCUUUUUUAGCACGGUGUGGGAUGCUUUUAUGUACAUGCUUGGACAAUCGUAUGUAUCUUCCGUGGGUGCUAUAUUACUGUUGGUGGCUGCGAUAUCUUUCGUUCCUUCCAAAGUGUCCAAGAAAAGGAAAGUACUAAUCGGAGUUCUGCAUGUUUCUGUCCACCUAUCGGCCGCUUUGAUUCUUAUGUUACUAAUGGAACUAGGUGUCGAAAUAUGCGUCCAACACAACCUUUUGGCAACUUCAGGUUAUCACACGUUAUAUGAAUGGUACAGAUGGGUGGAAAGUGAGCAUUUUCCGGACCCCACAGGUCUUCGGACCCGUAUGGAGCAAUGGACUUUUGGCCUUUAUCCGGCGUGUAUUAAAUAUCUCAUGUCCGCUUUUGAUGUUCCAGAGGUCAUGGCUGUAACUCGGACCAACAUAUGCAAGAACGGGAUGGUUUCACUGUCACGAGGGGGUGCGGCCAUAUAUUAUGCAUCCGUCUUUCUUUAUUACUGGGUGUUUUCAACGCCYGUGGUUUCCCUUGUAUUUGGAAGCUACUUGUAUAUUUGUAUCAAUUGGCUUCACUUACACUUUGACGAAGCCUUUUCCUCGUUACGCAUUGCUAAUUACAAGUCCUUCACCCGGUUCCACAUCAAGCCAGAUGGUGAUCUUGAAAUCUUYACUCUGGCGGUCGACAAGGUUCCAAAGGAAUGGAAGCUGGAUCCUGACUGGGACAACGAGGUAAAACAGCCGCAGCAGGCGAGUCACCACAGAAAGUUUCCGAGCAAAUGGAAGGCAAAUGCUUUUCAUCAGGACCCUGUAAAUACGGUCCGGGUUGUUGAUCAUUUUGUCAUUCAACCGACUGAUAAAUUGCAAGUAGCAGCAGUAAAUGGAUCGAUGUCUUAAUGAUAAUGUAGCCUAAAAUUGUCAUUUGUUUUAAAAAGCAUACUUGGUAGACGGUUUAGUUGUAGAUCUUAUAAUGCGGACUUGUGUUUUAUAGUGGAAAUGUUAGCGUAAUGUAAAUAUUUCAUACGGAAAUUCUGC